UUACUAUAAUAAAAUAUAAAGAGAAAAUGAAAUAUUUGGUUGGAAUCAUAUUUCUAAUUUUAUCGCCAGCGAUCUUUAACGUGCUGGGAUUGGAAGAAACGGAAUUUCAACAAACAAAAAAUCGUCGGGGUGGUAGUAGCAGCUCAAAACUCCUUGCUUUUCCUCGUAUAGGUCGCCGUGAUCCCAGUAUGCCAAAUAAUUUACUCAAUAGCGAAGCGGAAAACACUGCAGCCGUUGCCAUUGAUUUAUUUUAUCCUGACUUAACCGAAGAAUAUGGAGAUUAUCCAAAAGCAGAAUAUAAACGAGCCAGCUUAAGGGCCUUUCCCCGUAUUGGUCGCUCAGAUGCCGAAAUACGUAAAUGGACUCGACUCUUGGCUCUGCAACAAGCCUUAGAUAAGCGUGCUGGACCCAGUGCCACGACGGGUGUAUGGUUCGGUCCGCGUCUAGGCAAACGUAGCACCGCCGGUGAUUCUUACGAGUAAAACGGAAUCAGUAUAUCUCGGCUAUAAACAAUGACCACUGUUUAAACGACCUAUGACCCAAUGAUUAUCAAAGAUUAUAAAGCGAAAAUUUUUAAAAACUUUAUAAAAAAAAAAAAGUAAUAUUAAAAAAAAUAUAUAUAUUAUGGCUCCCUUUUGUGUAUUAUAAAGAGAUCAAUUUUUGGUUUGUUUAUUUCUCUCUGUUAAUUUUGUUGAUUGAUAAGUUCAUAAGCCGUGAAAAUUAAGCCUUAUUGUAAAUUAAUUCCCGGUUGAGCUGAAAUAUGUUCUUUUAAACGAUAAUAACUCGUGUAUAUAUCUAAACAGUAGGUAAACAAAACAAAAAAAAAAUAAAAUUGUAAGCGGGCUAAUGUAGACAUAUGUUGUGUUACAUUAAACAAAACUUUAAAAUUAUUUUAGGUAAAAUCGUCAAAAUUCUAUAUUAAAUUUAUUAAUUAGAAUAAUGGAUACAUUAUGAUUCGUAGCCCAAGCGGAAAUUUUAAUCUAAGCGAGACUUUACAAUUAAUGUGAUAUUGUUAAAAUGUUUUUCUUUUUGAAGAAAUUUUCAAAGAUAUUCUAAUAUAAAAUGCAAUGAAAAAGUGAAAAGUUUUGAUGUUUCAUUGAAAACCAAUUUUGGACCGAUGUUAGUAUGAAUUUCAAAGUUACACUACGUAUUCAUUUUUAUUGUCAUUAUUUUUUCUUCACCUGCAGGCGCACCGCACCGUUCAACGACAGAUACACAGACACAUCGUCUAAUCAAGUCAGAAUUUUUCAUCAGUCUAGUCUAUAGUCUAGUGUAAAUGUCUGUUCUAAAGAAUUUUAGAAGGAAAAAUAGUCACAUGAAGAUUAAAGCGCUAAAAGAAAUCGAAAGGCAAUAGUAAACGUAAGAGCCUUCUGUUGUAUGAAAUGAAUGGGUCCAACUAACAAUUUGGCUAAUUUUUUUUUAACUAACUUAACAAUGAAAGAGAAAAACAAAUCCAAAUAUUUUUAUAUCAUAAUCGCGCAUGUUGUUACGCAUUCUAUAGUUGAUAGAUGAUUAGAAUGAAAUAACAAGUAUAAACAAAGAACAAAAUUCGCAGAUUAUUAACCAUAAUAUAUGCAAACUAAUUGUUUAAGAUUUUUAAAUUGUAUUAGUAACUUGUUUUCGGAACUAAACUAAUGAUUUAUGAGCCCACGUUAUGCUUUCUAACUCAAUUGUUCGAGCAAAAAAAAAAAAAACUGUCGGACGUUUCUAAUAAUUAAAAAAUUUUAUAAAAACUUAAUGAACUUUUAGAAUCGUAUUUGUAGUAAAUUACAAUCUCUUGAUGAUAGGCGAAAAAAAUAUGCAAAAAAUAAU